UGGGAGUGUGUUCUGCGCAGUUGUCCGUCCCCCCCCCAGCCCCGACACGAAGGAGGAGUUACUCGGAGCGCGGAAGAAACCGAAAGUGCGGGCAGCGCAGGCAGGAGGCGGCAGGGGCGGACGGGGAGGGAGCGGGGGGGACGGGGUGGGGGGGCAGCUACCGGCCCUGCCCGCCCCGCCAUGGCCGGCCCCGACCCCGCUCCCGGCCCCCAGCUCCUAGAAGAUGACUUCCAGUUCAUCCUUUGCGAGGGCUGCCGGAAGGAACUGCCCAACCUCAAGCUCCUCACCUGCCUCCACACCUUAUGCCUCGAUUGCCUGAGCAAGAACAAGCCCGUUGGGCAGUGCCCCGUGUGCCGGACGGCCAUCCCGCAGGCCAGCAGCAUUUCUGACAUGGACAACCUGCUCUUCACCAACCUGCAGGCCAGGCUCGAGAUCUACAAGAAGAUCGUUGGUGGAGUUGACUUGUUCUGCGACAACUGCAAGAAAGCCGGUGAGUUCUGGUGCUCCGAGUGCAAGGAGUUUCUCUGCACCAGGUGCUUUGAGGCCCACCAGCGCUACCUGAAGAUGGAGAGUCACAAAGCCAUGAGGGUGAUAGACAUCAGGGCAGGAUCUUUUAAGGACUUCCUCAAGGGCACCGGGAAGACCAGUAACUUGUUCUGUUCCAACCCAACCCACGAGAGCCAGAUUGUAAGCGUUUACUGCAAGAAGUGCAAGAGGGCUCUGUGCUGCAUCUGCGCGCUGCUGGACAGCCAUCACACCCCCUUCUGCGACAUCCGCAGUGAGACCCGGCGCAGGCAGGAGGAGCUGGGCACCCUCAGCCGGGAGCUGAAGCAGAAGAGAAACGGCUUCGAGGCCACCUACGCGGGGCUGAAGGAUGAGGCCGCCCGGCUGGAGCAGGUGCAGCGGGAGACGCGGCAGUUGAUCCAUCAGCGUGUGGAGCAGCUGGUGGGGCUGAUCCGUCGGGAGGAAGAGGAGCUGCUGGGGCUGGUGGAAGCCGGGCAGGAGCAGGGCCGUCGGGAGCUGUCGAGGGAGCUGGAGCGGGUGGAGGGGGUGCUGCGGCGGAUGGAGGCGGGCGAGCAGCUGGUGGAGAAGAUGAACCUCUACGCCACGGAGCAGGAGGUGAUGGACAUGCAGCCCUUCAUCAAGGACUCCCUGGAGGAGCUGCUGCAGCUGCCAGGGGCCAGGGACCGAGCACAGGCUGGGGACUUGACUGAGUGCAGAGCCAGGCUGCAGGCGCUGGUGGAGCGCGUCACGGGGCACCCAGGUACUGCUGAUCCCCAGCAUGACUCCCUGUCUGAAGAUGAUUCCACCGUGAUCCUCGACUUCGAGCCUCCCAGGGAGCAUUGCCAGCCACGUGGAGGUCUCCCCACUGGGCUGUCUGCCCACCACCGGCCCUGUGCCCCCAUGUUGGACCCCUCCAGCAGUGGAGGACAUGUGUGUCCAGACCAAGGAGGGGAUAUGUCCCCCACCCAAUCCAUGCCUCCAGUCUUUCUGAUGCAGAGGGAUGAAGAAGCAGAGAAAGACUCGGGGUCAUUCCAUGGGGACACUGUGCCUCUUCCCAGGAGCAUCCAGGACUCUCUGGCCACCCUGCAGCAAGAUUUUGCUGGCUGGGCCAGGUCCAACGUGCAACAAGCAGACGAGCUCCUGAAUAUCAGCAAUCGCCUGCUGAAAGCUCAGCUCAGGGCAAACAGGCACCUGGUGUCCAUGAUCCGGGAGAUCCGGGCCAUGUCCCGCUCCCUGGCCACUGUCACCUCUGCUAUGGGACCCUUGCUGCAGCCUGUGGCCAGCCCACGGGAGCCCCUCACCACAGACAUGGACUGGCCAUCGCUGCCCUCCGACAUCCUGGAGUUAUUCCCUUCCAGCACUCCGCAGGAGCAUGCACCACCGAUCCCAGGGGCUGCCAUGGGCCCUUCCGCCAGCAGACCCUCUCCUGCCGCCCCCCCUGCCAGCCCAGCACGCUUACAGACCCAUAGCCCAGCCUCCGAGGGGGAAUGCCCCAAAUCGGGACACUCCACCAAGGGCAAGCGUGGUGGGAAGCCCAGCACCAGACUUCGGAAGCGGAGGAAGAAGUGAGUCUGCAAACCAGAACGUUUGCCAUGGACUGCAGCUGCUUGAAAGACCCUUUAAAGGUCACUGUGGAGACCAGGCUCUCCAUCCCACCUUGCUAUGCCAAUAAAUCCUUCUAGGAUGAACAGUGCAUUGGUCUUUUGCUGGUUUGGGAAGGCAGCA